UGAGGACUGAGUCUGCUGUGAGAAUAAUAAAGUUGAGCGCAAGUUAUGGCCGGUGCUUUUACAAAAUAUAUGCUUCAAAUUAACAAUAUUCCUUGGACAGUGGGCCGUCAGCAGCUUGCACUGUACUUCUCCCAGUUUGGCUAUGUGUAUAAUGCCGCUGUAAUAUUCAACAAACAUACUGGUUUUCAUGAGGGUUAUGGAUUUAUCACAGUGAAGAAGGAGAACUUGAAUAACAUAUUGCAACAGAAACACAUCCUGGAGGGGAACGAAUUAUCCGUGUUAGUUAAAAACGGUAACGUAAAUAACGAUCUAACUAACGAUAUACUUAAUUGAAGAAAAGGGAAACACAAUUUACGAACAAUGGCCGAGU